GCUGUAAGUCCCCGAAGCUGCGGACACCUCAGCGCUGCUCCUCAGAUCCUUAGAGCUUCAGCAUUGUGCGUCUCUGAAGCUAUGCUGAUAGACUGUGCUGAGUUUACAAGAGCAAAAAAAGAUGAAUAAAUCUCUGGAGUUGGUGUCAUUUGAGGAUGUGGCUGUGGACUUCACUUGGGAGGAGUGGCAGGACCUGAAUGAUGCUCAGAGGACUUUGUACAGGGAUGUGAUGCUGGAGACCUACAGCAACCUGGUGUCACUGAAACACUGUAUUAACAAAGCUGAGGUGAUUGUCAAGUUAGAAGAAGGAUCAGAGUCAUGGACAAUAGAAGAAUGCCCAAACCAGAUCCUGCAAGAUGUUCACAUAGAUGAUGACCUAGUGGAGAGGAACCAAGAAAGUCACGGUAGAGGUUUGCAGCAAAUCAUACUCACCAACAGCAACACGUCAUUUGAGGAGAGAGUUGUGUUAGGAAAAUCAUUUUAUCUGAAUACAUAUCAUGUUUUAAAUCAGAUUAUAGAUAAUGGAAACCAUUCAGGAAAUGGACAUGAGGAUUUUUACACAUGUCAGAAUGCACUUCUUCCUAGAGAGCCUGAUGAGAUGCCUGCUGGAAAGAAACCUGAUGACUAUCAUACAACUGUAAAAUUACCCAGACAUCAUGAGCAUUUUAGUCAGCAUCCCAAUAUUCAAACUGGGAAGCAGGCUUUAGAAUACAAUGGAAAAGGGAAAUCCUCCAACACAGAGCCAAUGACUUUUACAGAUAAAAAUAUUCACAUGGAUGAGACCAACUAUAAACAUAAUGAAUAUGGGAAAUGCUGUGGUAAGUCAGCUGUCAUUGCCCAAGAAACAAAUCAGGUAGAAAGGAAAACUUUUCUAUCUGGUAUAUGUGGGGAAAUGCUCUAUAAAAAAUCUGAACUCACUAAGCAUCAGAUUAUGCACACAGGAGAGAUACACAUUUUAUAUCAGAGAACUCACACAGGUGAGAAACCAUAUGAAUGCAAAGAAUGUGGGAAAGCUUUUAGCAAAAAGUCAUGCCUCUGCAAGCAUGUGAGAACUCACACUGGUGAGAAACCAUAUGAAUGUCAAGAAUGUGGAAAGGCUUUUAGUGAAAAGUCAUGCCUCUGCAGGCAUGAGAGAACUCACACAGGUGAGAAACCAUAUGAAUGUAAGGAUUGUGGGAAAGCUUUUAGUGAGAAGUCAAGCCUCAGCAGGCAUAAGAGAACCCACACAGGUGAGAAACCAUACGAAUGUCAAGAAUGUGGAAAAACUUUUAGUGAAAAGUCACACUUCAGAAGACAUCAGAGAACUCACACAGGUGAGAAACCAUAUGAAUGUCAAGAAUGUGGGAAAGCUUUUAGUGAAAAGUCACACUUCAGAAGACAUCAGAGAACUCACACAGGUGAGAAACCAUAUGAAUGUCAAGAAUGUGGGAAAGCUUUUAGUGAAAAGUCACACUUCAGAAGACAUCAGAGAACUCACACAGGUGAGAAACCAUAUGAAUGUCAAGAAUGUGGGAAAGCUUUUAGUGAAAAGUCACACUUCAGAAGACAUCAGAGAACUCACACAGGUGAGAAACCAUAUGAAUGUAAAGAAUGUGGGAAAGCUUUUAGUGACAAGUCAACCCUCAGCAUACAUCAGAGAAAUCACACAGGUGAAAAACCAUAUGAAUGUCAAGAAUGUGGAAAAGCUUUUAGUGACAAGUCAAAGGUCAGCAUUCAUCAGAGAACUCACACAGGUGAGAAACCGUAUGGAUGCAAAAAAUGUGGUAAAGCUUUUAGUGAAAAGUCAAGCCUCUGCAGGCAUGAGAGAACUCACACAGAUGAGAAACCAUAUGAAUGUAAAGAAUGUGGGAAAGCUUUUAGUGAAAAGUCUAGCCUCUGCAGACAUGAGAGAACUCACACAGGUGAGAAACCAUAUGAAUGCAAAGAAUGUGGAAAAGCUUUUAGUGAGAAGUCACACUUCAGAAGGCAUCAGAGAAUUCACACAGGUGAGAAACCAUAUGAAUGUAAAGAAUGUGGGAAAGCUUUUAGUGACAAGUCAACCCUCAGCAUUCAUCUGAGAAAUCACACAGGUGAGAAACCAUAUGAAUGUCAAGAAUGUGGGAAAGCUUUUAGUGACAAGUCAAGCCUCUGCAGGCAUGACAGAACUCACACAGGUGAGAAACCGUAUGAAUGUAAAGAAUGUGGAAAAGCUUUUAGCCUAAAGUCAAGCCUCAGCAUUCAUCUGAGAACUCACACAGGUGAGAAACCAUAUGAAUGUAAAGAAUGUGGAAGAGCUUUUAGUGUAAAGUCAAGCCUCAGCAUUCAUCAGAGAACUCAUACAGGUGAGGAACCAUAUGAAUGUAAAGAAUGUGGGAAAGCUUUUAGUGGAAAGUCAAGUCUCUGCAGGCAUGAGAGAAGUCACAGAACUACUUCUUUCAUCACCUUCACCCUUAUUCUUAAUGCCUCUCCUCUUAAGAACGAAAUGCUUUCUCCUCUGACUUGUCUUCUCCCAUGCAAUGAAGUAACUCUCAGAAUUCAGAACCAGAAACAGCCUCAGUCCCUGAGUCACUCUGAGCAACAAUAUGCACCCCUUGACCUGCGCUUAAAGGUUGACAAACCAGGAGUUAAUGAAGACCCAGAAUGUCACAUUGUCAUCACGUGGAUAGAGGCCACCCUUUGCUCAGCAGGUCCUAGUCUCCUGGUUUUGGGUUUGGAUUCUGUGCCCCUGAAGGUUAGUGCUGGGAUGAAAGAGGAACCCGCGUGUCGUGGGUGGACCCUGGGGGUCAGGACGGGGUCCCAGCACUUGGUGGAGCAAUGUCGGCGGGUCUCACAGUGGCUGGAGCUGAUGGGCCUGUGCACGCCACCAACGUGCGACAGGGGACACGUGCGCUGUCAAGGGUCAGAGUGUCCGAGGUCAGGGCGUGUCAGGAAGAGCAGGUGUGGCUUCCGCGACCCACAGCUGACAGUCCUGGGACUGAAGCUGGCCACGGGGUAA